AUGGUGGUUUAUUCCACACCAACGAAAGCAUCUCAAUCGAUGGAGAAACCACAUUCUUGUUUGAAACAUCAAUACCAACAGUCAAUGGAUAAAAGUCCCUUUCAAAUAGGCCAUAAGACAAGUCAAUCACAGGUGAGGUUUUCCUUACCGGUAAAAGAAUCAGACUCGGAAGAUACCGAGAGUAGAUACGAGGAAGAUGAGUACAAUCAAAACGUCGAUGGACAAUACUAUAGUGAAAGAGAAAAUUGCAGGAAUAGCAAGGACAUGUUACAGGCACAUUAUUUAGGUAAUGAGAGGAAUUCAUUAUCAGAUACUUACCAAUCUGGGUCUCCAAACAAGAUAGUGUAUCCUACUUCAGUUAGCAGUAAAGAAGAGCUGCCAACCUUCGUUGACUAUUCUAACAAGGUCAAUGUACCCGUUCCAAAAGAGCUUUGGGAGUGUCAUGUUGUUCAACAAAGCCAAAAUUCAAAAGAAUUAUUUGGAGGACAUAAUGUUACUCCUAAUGGCUCUCCUCGAAGGCCCCAUUCAAGAACUAAUUCGUUACAAUCAAUAAUUGUGGAAACAAUAGAAACUUACAAACCAAAACAAAAUACAGGAAAUGUAUUGAAUUUACAGGAUAAACCGAUAUUAUUUCCUGAUAACGAUAUGCAGUCAGAGUUGUAUAUCAGACCUGAUUCCCCGAUGAACAAGUAUGAAGUUCCAAUACCUUUGCAAAUACACCUACCUCCAUACCUGUCACCCACAAACGAACACAAAAAACGUAAUAGUUUAGUGUUCGAUGGAGAAGGGUAUUCCGUUUACCUAGGAGAUAAUUCAACAAACAACUCAGAUGUUUCACUAAAAGAUAUUAUUUCUGAUGAAGACGAUGAAAUAACAGACAUUUCUAUUCCAUCAGCGGAAAACAAUCUGUCUUUCACCAUUGAUGGCAAUGACGUAGACAGGAAAUUAGGUAUUGAUAGUGAUGCAAAUGUUGACCUGAAAAAACAAGUUAGAAACCUGAGGAAAUACGAUAUUCAGGGAUCCAAAAAAUCUAUUAGAAAAGAUAAACCACUUCCGUCCAUUGUCGUGAGUGAACAAGAAGAUACGAAGAUCAGAGAUAAGGCCACACCAAAAAAAAUUCUCGAAAACAACAUCAUCCUUGAUACUCCAGUGCAAAAACAUGGAAGAACGGAUAUUAAUGAAAUUCAUCCAGAAGUUAUAGAAAAAGAAAAUGUUUCUACAUCAGUAUCCAAAAAAGUUAGGGAGAGUAGUCAUAACAUCAGCAGUAAUAAAACUUCCGCCUUAAAUGGUAGGGAAAUAAAUGAUGUCAGUAAAAUUGCAUUGGAGAUACUGGCAACUCCGACUAAGGAAAUCACAAUACCGGAAAUUGACGAUAUCCCACGCUCAAGUACCAAAAAUGGAACUUUAGCAUUCUUUGACAGAUUACCAGAUAGUAAUAUUUAUGAAGAGUCCAAUAAUACAAAGAACCAUGGAAGUAAUGAGCUUAAUACGCAUUUCAAAUUUCCUUCAGUAGGAUCAAUAAAAAUGGAUGACAGUGAUUUUGUAAAAACAAACGAACGUUUAGACUCGAAUAUUGAUAAGAGAAGGGAAAAGCUAAGGCAGAGAGUUAAUAUCAAAGGACAUACCCAUACAAGAUCCAGAAGCAUUCAUACUGAUAUUGAUAUGACAGAAAUAAUGAAUUCUGUUCAUGAACCGUCAUUGAGGGCUACUAACAUAUCUUCGCCUCAUAUCCCCAAAAGGUCUCCUUUACGCCCUCCAAGUCAAUUAAGCUUACGGGAGAGUAAUUUCCACAAGAAUGAGACCCAUAUGCUACAAGCUGCUCAUAAUCUCAGUAGUGAUGCAGCUGGUAGAAGUAAUAAAUAUGUGGAAGCAGUUCAUAAUACAUCAUCUGACUAUAGUGACAAUGAUAACUUUAGUUUCGCCAACAGUUCAGAAAUAGUUCCACAGACUGAUGUUAUGGAGGGGCCUAAUGAUAAGGAAAAUUCCACAUCUUCAAAUAGCACCCAGCAUAAAAAAGACUUGGCUAUAUUAAAUGAUACAAAGACACAAACACCUUUCGUCCAUAAAGAAAGCAUUUUGAAUCCUAAUGAAAUAUUAAAAUCGCAGGUUGAGAUCUGUGAACCAAAACCACUUUCUACUAUAUACUCGUUCGCGAAUAGUGAUAAUGACUUACUGAAAAUCCCAACAUCACUGAUAUCGGAUAGCAAUGGUGUUAUCAACAGAAAAGGUUCUCUCCUCGAUCCGGCUACAAAGUUAUCCAAUCCUAUGAAGACUAGCAGCCAGUCAUCUUAUGAAUCUGAACUCUCAAAAUAUUCGUAUCCAAGUGUUUCGACAGCUCUUACAGAUCCAAUUGCAAUCGAAAUUCAAAGUAAACCACUCUACGAUAACCGCCAAUUAUAUGAGAAUCCGAAUAAAUUAACCCAGAAUAGUCUGAGACCAACAGAUAAUUUCAACUGUUCACCUGGAGAGCGUAGGAGAAAUUUAUCAGAUCCUAACAUCUCUGAAAAGGACAUUCAGAAGGAAUUCACAAUAGUUGAAGAACAUGAUGGCAAAAUGGUUGAAGUCAUUGUUUUAGAUGAUGAUGUACCCACUCAAAAUAUAUCCAAAGAACUUUAUUCGAAGAAAGCUAUUUCCAAAAGAAAAUCUCUCGAGAUUGUGGAUCUUUGCGAGAAGACAGCAGAAGAUCUGAAAGAUUUAAUUUACGAACUUACCACGGAGGAGCAAAAAAAAAACAUAAUACCUAAUUUGAAAUCACUCCCACCACUCCCAAGUCAAUUUCUUCGCGAACACAAAGUAGCUCACCAGAAGGAAAUGAACCUUGAAAAACAAAAACGCUACAUGGAAAGGCUCCAAGGAAUACGUCGAUGA